UUGUAUGUAUGUGCGGACUCAUCUCACUCAUCUCAGAAGAUCAUAGGAAAUGAUUCAAUUAAUCGUCAUCAUCAAAUUGAGUGUCUGGAGAGUGAGUGUGUGGCGCUAGUCUGACAGAACGCGUUGACUACAGCAUACGAAUUUUGGUGAUCGUCCCACAUUCAUCAGCAAAGCAUUUGAAGUAGCUAUCAUUCGAGACAGGAAUCUUCUUCAAAAUGGAGAUGUAUUUAGUAUACGUGGGCGGAAUUGUAUCUCUAUUGAUGGUGCUAUACGUCUACCUGACGUACAACAACGAUUUCUUCAAGAAAUACCCGAUACCCUGCCUGCCAGUGGAACCACUUUUCGGUAGCUGUCGUCAGUUAGUGCUCAAGCAGAUUUCAUUCAAUGAUUUCGUCCGCUCUAACUACGACCGAUUCCAAAGCGCAAAAAUAUUUGGAAUGUUUGAGGUGUUAACGCCGAUGUUUGUCAUUCGCGAUCCGGAGCUGAUCAAGCAGAUCACGGUGAAGGAUUUCGAUCACUUUAUCAACCAUCGCCCAUUAAUAAAAGCGGAUAGUUCAAUGCCCAACUCGUCGGUUAUGUUUACGAAGGUACUGUUCAACCUUAACGACCAGCGAUGGCGUAACGUGAGGACCACGCUUAGCCCCACAUUCACCGGCAGCAAGAUGCGUCAGAUGUUUGCCAUGAUCGUGGAGUGCAGUGAGAACAUGGUACAGGCGCUAGCAACCACCAACGGGCAGGAAUGCGAAGUGAAAGAUCUUUUCGUACGGUUUACAAACGAUAUCAUUGCAUCCUGCGCUUUUGGUGUGCGCAUCAACUCGUUCCGAGACAAGGAAAACGUUUUCUUUCGCUAUGGAAAGGAUCUCACGGACUUUGGUCGACUAAAAGUAUUUCUCAAGAUGAUGGGAUACCAGAUGUUCCCGAAGCUCAUGGCACGGCUAGAGAUUGACAUUUUCGAUCGGAAGCAUAUACAAUUCUUCACAGAGCUGUUUAGACAGUCGGUUCGGGAACGGGAGCAGCAUGGUCUCGUUCGUCCGGACAUGAUCCAUCUGCUCACGCAAGCCGGCAAGGGUAAGCUGCGAUAUCAACCAACAGAUCGUGUGGAAGUGGAAGGAUUUGCAACGGUACAGGAAUCGAACGAAGAGAAGAUCAUGCCAGAGAACAUGGUGAAGCUUAGUGAAAGUGAAAUGGUAGCUCAGUGUCUGAUAUUCUUUCUGGCUGGAUUCGAUACAAUUGCUACAUUGAUGUCGUUCAUUGUAUACGAGAUAACGCUGGCACCCGAAAUCCAACAGCGUCUGUACGAGGAGAUUCAACAAGUGUCAGAGUCGCUGGGCGGAGGAUCGCUCACUUACGAUGCUCUGCAAGGUAUGCGUUAUCUGGACAUGGUUGUAUCGGAGACACUGCGAAAGUGGCCCCCAGCUCCAUCUACCGAUCGACUGUGCAACCAGGACUUUAGGAUAACUGAUGAGCGUGAUAAUGUAGAGAUCAUAAUACCCAAAGGAGUUACCGUGAACAUUCCUAUUGCUGGUCUGCACCAUGAUCCACACUUUUAUCCCGAUCCAGACCGUUUCGAUCCAGAACGCUUCAACGAUGAGAAUAAGCAUAAGAUUCCGCUCGGAGCAUAUCUUCCCUUUGGGAUAGGUCCACGCAAUUGUAUCGCUUCCCGAUUUGCUCUCAUGGAGGUGAAGGCCAUCGUGUAUCAUUUGCUGCUGCAUUAUGAGUUUAAGCGCACAGAUCGCACACCAGUGCCGGUACAGCUAGCAAAAGGGUUUACACCGUUAAGGUCAGAAAAGGGCAUAUAUCUGCAGCUGAGUCCACGGAGGACUAUAAAUUAGUCGCACAUAAUUUUACAAAUGUUGAGUUCACAAAUGAUUGAAAUAUAUUGAAUCUCAUGUAUCUUUUUACUCACCAAACGCUAUUAUACUUGAAAUUAAUGUAUGUGUAACAAUAUUGGAAAGUAAUGGGCAAUACAGUAAAAGUAUUGUCCGAUAUGACGUUUAUAUUAAUUACUAUUUGUGUGCUAUAGUAUUGAAAUACUCGGCAUUUGAUAAUAAAACUCAUUUUCUAUUUCA